AUGGCGGCGGCGGCGGCCGCGGGUCCCGGCGCGGGCGCGGGGGUCCCGGGCGCGGGUGGCAGCGGCGGGGCUCGCGAGGGCGCGCGGGUGGCGGCGCUGUGCCUACUGUGGUACGCGCUGAGCGCGGGCGGUAACGUGGUCAACAAGGUGAUUCUGAGCGCCUUCCCGUUCCCGGUCACCGUGUCGCUGUGCCACAUCCUGGCGCUGUGCGCGGGGCUGCCGCCUCUGCUGCGCGCCUGGCGCGUGCCGCCCGCGCCGCCGGUGUCGGGCCCCGGCCCUGGCCCGCAUCCGGCGUCCGGCCCGCUGCUGCCGCCGCGCUUCUAUCCGCGUUACGUGCUGCCGCUCGCCUUCGGCAAGUACUUCGCCUCGGUGUCGGCGCACGUCAGCAUCUGGAAGGUGCCGGUGUCCUACGCGCACACCGUCAAGGCCACCAUGCCCAUCUGGGUGGUCCUCCUGUCCCGGAUCAUUAUGAAGGAGAAACAGAGCACCAAGGUGUACCUGUCACUGGUCCCCAUCAUCAGUGGAGUCCUGCUGGCCACUGUCACAGAGCUGUCCUUUGACGUGUGGGGGCUGGUCAGCGCCCUGGCAGCCACGCUGUGCUUCUCCCUUCAGAACAUCUUCUCCAAAAAGGUGCUGAGGGACUCCAGGAUCCACCACCUGCGGCUGCUCAACAUCCUGGGCUGCCACGCCGUGUUCUUCAUGAUCCCCACGUGGGUCCUGGUGGACCUCUCCACCUUCCUGGUCAGCAGCGACCUGGCCUAUGUGUCUCAGUGGCCCUGGACGCUGCUGCUCCUGGCGGUCAGCGGCUUCUGCAACUUUGCACAGAAUGUCAUCGCCUUCAGCAUUCUCAACCUCAUCAGCCCACUCAGCUACUCGGUGGCCAACGCCACCAAAAGGAUCAUGGUCAUCACCGUGUCCCUCAUCAUGCUGCGUAACCCAGUGACCAGCACCAACGUGCUGGGCAUGCUUACUGCCAUCCUGGGUGUCUUUCUGUACAACAAGACCAAGUACGACGCAAAUCAGCAGGCCCGCCGCCACCUCCUCCCUGUGUCCACGUCGGACCUGGACAGCAGAGAGCAUCUGCGGAGCCCUGUGGAGAAGCCCCACAAUGGGGCACUGUUCCCACAGCAGGGGGACUUCCAGUACCGCAACAUCCUCCUCACAGACCACUUCCAGUAUGGCCGCCAGGGCCACCCACACUCCUAUGCCCUCAACCGACACGAUGUGUAGUGGCCCACCAGGCCAGGCCUCCUGCCCACCUCUCUGAGCCCAGCAGCUUCAGAAGAUUCUGGCAGCCCGGCUGAGCACAUGACACGUGGCAGGCCAUCAGGGGAGCCCUGGGUCCUGGCCCUUUUUGGGCUGCGUGAGGUGACCACAGCAUGGACAGCCACAGGCUCUGGGCAGGAGAGCCACAGAGAGACCCUGUUCCAGGUUUCUGCAGAGGCCACACUCUGUCUCGGUGCACAGGGUUGCUCCAGUGUGGUGCAGAGAUAUGGUAGGAACUUCUGGUGACAACAGGGACCCACUCUACAGAAAUGGCAUCAUUGUGGCUGCAGCCCUGACAGCCAGCAGGAGGUGACAUCUGGGGCGUCAAGGAGAGGACAGCAGGGCUGUAGCCCAGAGGUAUGGAGGGCUGACACGGGUAGCACUACCUGUCCCUAGCAACAGAACUCCAGGAUGCCCCAAGGCAGUUAGUUGGUCAUUUGCAGCUAGUGCUGCCCUGGGGCAGACCUACAGUGACCAUCCUCUGAUACAGCCCUCUGGGCCUGGGCGGCCCUUGGACUCUAGAGGUGGUGAUGGCCAGUGUUAUCUUGGUGGUGUCCCCGCCCCUCUGAAUGCACAGAAGCCAGGUGGUGGUGACAGCAGUUUCCCCAGACCCUUGAGUUUCUCUGGGGAGCAUCUUGUUAGCCAUGAGAGCUUUCACACUGGGCCCUGUCAGGCGCUGCACCAGGGCUAGCCAGUGGGGUGGACUGUCUUGACUCAUUUAAAAACACGAGUGUUUGUUGCUGGAGCCAGUCCCUCUGAGCUCAGUGGUGCCUGGCAAUGCUGUACUGGAGCUGCAGCCACAGUAGCCAAGUGGUAUUCACACUCCAUGUACGGUACAGCGUUGCUUAUCUGUGAGGAGACCGAGUGUGUGUCAGGAUCUGAAUUGUGUCCCAGGAAAUGGGACGUCAGGCAGGUCUUGGGUUUUUAGUUUGAAGCUGGGUUGGUAGAAUGCCUGUCUACCAUGUGCGGCCUUAGCUUCUGCCCCCAGCAUCACAGAAAGCCACAUAAGUGGCUCAGGCCUACCUUCCCAGCACCCUGGAAGCAGACACAGGAGGACAGGGUCCUCAGCUGCAUAGUGAGUUCCAGAGCAGCCUGGGCAACAGGAGAGCCUGGCUCAAGGCUGGUAUGGCAAUGCAGGGAGAACCUGAUAGUGAGCAGAAAUGUGGGCUCUGUUGUGGGCAUAGGAGGCAGAUGGCAGGAAGGACACCAGCCUUAGCUGGAAGGUGGGUCUUGGGUUUUGUUUGUUUUGCUUUGAGACAGGGUCUCACAGUGUAGACCAGGCUGGCCUUGAACUCAUGGGAUCUACCUGUCUCCACCUCCCAAGUGCAGGAUUAAGAGCAUGUGCCACCAUGCCCAGAUGGAGUCGUCAUCACUAAGGCUCCCAGGCUGACCUUUAACCCUUCUUCAUGCCUCGGUGUCCAUCACUAAGCACUGCUGGGUCAUGGCGCCCAGUCCUUAGCUCCCGAGUCACUUGGGAGUUUUGUACUGA